AUGUCCACUGCUAGUAAGAUCACACUGGCUGCCUCUAUCGUGGUGUCAACGGUCACUGUGAUUUGGGUGCACAAGGUGCAAAGAGAGGAACAAGAGGCACUACACCAAGGUCCUAUCAAAGAUGCGCAGAGAAUGCAGGAGAAAGCCAUGAAGAAGAAGCUUGUUGCUAACCAAAAGGAGCAUGAGUACCAGCAAGAACUCAGGAAGCAGUAUGAAGCUAUUCAACCUCUCAGUGGUGUCACUGUAACGGCCGAGGAAGGUGCCGGCGUGAACAAAUUCCAAUCCAGAGCAUUGACUUUCGCUGCUAGAAACAUGUCCACUAUCACUCCAAUUGCUACCAAGAACGCUCCACCAGCUGCUGCUUCCUACUCCCAAGCAAUCAAGGCUAACAACUUUAUUUACGUCUCUGGUCAAAUUCCAUACACUCCUGAAGGAAAGCCAGUUGAGGGCACCAUCUCUGACAGAGCUGAACAAUGUAUUCAAAACGUCAAGUCCAUCUUGGAGGCUGCUGGUUCUGGUCUUGACAAGACUGUCAAGAUCAAUGUCUUCCUCGCUGACAUGAAUGACUUUGCUGCUUUCAACGUUGUCUACGCUAAACACUUCAACACCCACGAGCCAGCUAGAUCUUGUGUCGCUGUUAAGGCCUUGCCAUUGGGUGUCGAUGUUGAAAUCGAGGCUAUUGCUGUUGAAAACUAA